AUGUCUGGUGUAGCCAUGGCCGGUCCCAGUCGAGUUUCGUUGCCAAACACCCUCCAGAAGACGUUGGAAACACCGUCAGGCAGGACCUUUUUGGUCCAGAUAUCGUGGCCUCUACAGUGGAGUGAGCAUGACAGGAUCAAGGAAGGAGAGUGUCCAGUAAUAUACAUCGCGGAUGGCAACGCCCUUUUUCUAAUGGCGACAGAAGCAUCCUGGCGGAGAGAAAUAGGACCACACUACAGUGGAGGUGGGAUCGUGGUAGCCGUUGGCUACGUCCUCGAUGGCAGAGUCUUUGAUCGGAAAAGGGGCUAUGACCUGACUCCCCUCGCGCCAGGGGUUAGCGACGAAUUCCUCGACUUCAUCCUCGGACCGGUCAAUCUCAUUGUGGCAGAAUGUUUUCCCAACAAAAUUAUCAGUCGGCAGGCGCUCUAUGGCCACUCUUACGGCGGUCUGUUUGCACUCUAUGUCCUCCUAACUAGGCCCGGUGGCUUUAAUCUUUUCGUUGCAAGUAGUCCGUCUGCAUGGUUUCAAGGCGAUUGGAUCAUCAGAGAAGCCGAAAAGUUUGCCAAAUCUCCUCCUUCAUCGGCACCGGACCAGAAGCAGAGACCUUCGCUGAUGUUCUUCUACGGUUCUCUGGAACAAUACCCGAAAAGGUGGCACGAUGAAAGUCAUGAGCAUUUUGAGAAGAGAGAACAGUCUUGUGCAGAGCGUAAAGUGUCGGAGAAUACAACGGCCCUGCAAAAGUGUCUACAACAAAGCGGAAAGCUGGAGGCUGUAACCAUUCAGGAAUACGUGGGAGAGGACCACGGUACGGUGAUGGCCUGUUCUUUAAGCAGAAGUUUGACCACUUUCUUCGAAGAGUGGCCUCUAUGA